GCUCGUCCCUUUGGUAAAGGGAAAGAAGUAUCAAUAUUAUGAAUUUGUUUGCCUUGUUGAACUUUUCACCACCACAUCACCAUCAUCCUCAUUGUCAUUGUCAGUAUCAUCUUAGUGAUGUGUUUGCAUUCUUAUAUGUGGUUCCUGCGGCUGACAAGGGGAUGUAACGUAUUUCCUGAGAAGAACUCAGGCAGUGAGAACACAAGAUCAGAGGAGUCCAUUUCAAGCUUUUUGGUCACAGCAAGGUGCGAGUCCAACUGCUGGCUCUGGCAUGCUAUUUCUCAAAGCAUUAAGGCUCAUCACAACAUGGGUCUGCUCUCCAGUGUGGAUCGCAUAUCUCCAUCUGUGCGUUAAUCAUGUUCUUGCAGAGAAGUACAUCAGAGUCAAAUGUAAUGAAGGAGACAGAGUCCACCUUCGAUCCACGAGAAACAUCACUGUGAUGCCAGGGGACGAUGUGAGGUGGACUGUUAACACGUUGUUGGUAAAAAAAGGAAUUGUACAGAGUUCAAACGGAAAGCAUACAGUGUCUGAUGAGGGGGGUCUGAUUAUAUGCUGGUAUCACAAAAGUGAUUCUGGGUUAUAUAAAGUUGAAAUAUUCAACAGUUAUGGAGGACGAAAAAUCAAUCAAUCAUUUAAUCUCACGAUCAAUGACUCAUUUCAGAAAGUGACCGAACAUUGCAACAGAAUUGAUACAACUGAAAAUCCACCAUGUGAUUUCAGAAGAGGACACUUUUCAACCAUUGCGGCCCUGUCAUUCUUUCUAACCACAACUCUAGUCAUGUUUGUUAUGGCAAUGAGGAAGACUCCACUAACGAAGCAAGAAGAUACUGCUGGGAAUGUGUACCAGACGAUGCAUGGUAGCUUACCAAAAACAUCUCCAGAUGCAGCCAGCAAUGUGUACCAGACGAUGCAUGGUAACUCACCAAAAACAUCUCCAGAUGCAGCCAGCAAUGUGUACCAGGACAUGCAUGGUAGCUUACCAAGAAAGACUCCCACACCCGACAGAACCGCUUUGGAUCAGAAUUCCUCACUUUAUGCUAUCCCAAAGAGAAACAGCACAAAGAGAGAUGCAGCCAGCAAUGUGUACCAGACGAUGCAUGGUAACUCACCAAAAACAUCUCCAGAUGCAGCCAGCAAUGUGUACCAGACGAUGCAUGGUAACUCACCAAAAACAUCUCCAGAUGCAGCCAGCAAUGUGUACCAGACGAUGCAUGGUAGCUUACCAAGAAAGACUCCCACACCCGACAGAACCGCUUUGGAUCAGAAUUCCUCACUUUAUGCUAUCCCAAAGAGAAACAGCACAAAGAGACAUACUGCUGAGUUUGAGGACGUAUACGUUUAACAGUAACAUCAUCAUCAUCAUCAUCAUCAUCAGCAGCAGCAGCAGCUUCUUCUUCUUCUUCUUCGUCAUCAUCCAAGCCACCCCCAUUGUUAACAUACGCAUACACAAAGGAUAAAUGGAAUUUUUAGUUUUCUUAAUAUUCCUCCAGCUCUUCUUCAACCAGUAGGUGGCACUGUGUUGUCUUCCUAGUUCACUAGACUAGUGCCAGGCAUUCAAUAGCCUGCUGCAGCUUGCAAUUUAGUCUACUUACAGUAGGCUAUUUUAUUAAAGUGUAUAAUGUGCUUGUGGUUUUAUCAGCUUUAUGAUUAGGUUAGCCAUAUUGUAGUUGUUUAUAUUGGUAUGAUUUUAAAUAAUUUUGAAAUAUUUGUACUGAUCAUAUACUGCCAGAAUAUGUAGGCUACAUUUAAUAUUAUGAAAUAUUGCAAUACAUUUUCUUAUGUGUCAUGCACCCAGAGAGGAUAUUUUGGAGUCUUUGGGUACAUCAUAUCCAACAUGAUAUCAUCUAAAUGUGUCUAAAAAGCUUGUUGUAAUCAUUUUGUUAAAUUUUAAAUUGAAUCAAAAAUGGCAUCUGUAAAAUGUUAUAAAUACACCCAAACAUCUUAAAUG